AUGGCGGCCUCUGUUCAAAACCGGCAGUUCGGUCACCUCGAACCGGGCUUAAACGGCGCUAUCCGUGCCUUCAAGUCCGGUCGGUCCGACUCUCCGGUCCGUGGCUUCAAAAUCCCCACAAGCCCAGAACUGAACGUUCCUAAAAAACCUGUCAUAUUGGAAGAUUCAUCCAGCGAUGAUGAUGAAGAAAAUAAUUAUAAAGACGCCAUUAAGAAGGCCAACGCGGAGUUGGAACCACCGGCUUUGGAUUCCAGAGAUGAAGGCACCGCCGAUAAUUGGAUCGAGCGCAACCCAUCAAUGGUUCGACUCACCGGAAAACACCCAUUCAACUCUGAGCCACCCUUGACUCGUCUCAUGCAUCACGGUUUCAUCACUCCAGUCCCACUUCAUUAUGUUCGUAACCACGGUCCAGUUCCAAAAGGUACAUGGGAGGAGUGGACCGUAGAGGUGUGCGGGUUGGUUAAACGACCAACCCGCUUCACCUUGGAUCAAUUGGUCAAUGAAUUUCCUUACAGGGAAUUUCCAGUGACCUUGGUAUGUGCAGGCAAUCGUAGAAAAGAACAAAACAUGAUCAAGAAAACAAUCGGGUUCAACUGGGGAGCUGCCGGACUAUCCACCUCGGUGUGGCGUGGGAUACCCCUAUGUCACAUUUUGAAGCGGUGUGGCAUUUUUAGCCGGAAAAAAGGUGCUCUCAACGUGUGUUUUGAGGGGGCCGAGGACUUGCCAGGAGGGGGCGGAUCAAAAUACGGGACAAGCCUUAAAAAGGAGAUAGCAAUGGAUCCAGCAAGGGACAUCAUAGUGGCGUACAUGCAGAACGGCGAACUUUUGUCCCCCGAUCACGGAUUUCCGGUCCGAAUGAUCAUUCCAGGAUUCAUCGGUGGAAGAAUGGUGAAAUGGCUUAAACGUAUCAUAGUCACAACUCAAGAAUCGGAUAGUUAUUACCAUUACAGGGACAACCGGGUCCUCCCGUCCCAUGUUGAUGCUGAGCUAGCCAAUGCUGAAGGAGGAGGGAAGAAAGUGACACGUGUGGAGGUAACAUUGGAUGGAGGGGAGACAUGGCAUGUGUGCAGCUUGGACCACCCAGAGAAGCCCAACAAGUACGGCAAAUACUGGUGCUGGUGCUUCUGGUCCCUCGACCUGGAGGUGCUGGACCUGAUUGGUUCCAAAGGGAUUGCAGUCCGAGCCUGGGACGAGACACUCAACACUCAACCCGAGAAGCUCAUUUGGAACCUCAUGGGUAUGAUGAACAAUUGCUGGUUCAAGGUGAAGACCAAUGUGUGCAAACCACACAAAGGAGAGAUUGGAAUCGUCUUUGAGCACCCAACUUUGCCGGGAAAUAUCUCCGGCGGAUGGAUGGCUCGGGAGAGACACCUAGAAAACUCCUCCGAAGCAAACUCUACGCUAAAGAAGAGCGUCUCAUCACCAUUCAUGAACACUUCUUCAAAGAUGUACUCAAUGUCCGAGGUGAAGAAGCACAACUCGCCGGACUCUGCAUGGAUCGUCGUCCACGGUCACGUCUACGACUGCACAAGGUUCCUCAACGACCACCCUGGUGGUGCCGACAGUAUCCUCAUCAACGCCGGCACAGAGUGCACCGAAGAGUUCGACGCCAUUCACUCCGAUAACGCAAAGAAGCUCCUUGAGGAGUACAGAAUCGGAGAGUUGAUAACCACCGGUUAUACUUCCGAUUCGACCGCCUCGUCUCCGAACAAUUCCGUCCAUGGAGGAUCAAACAUGACCCACUUAGCUCCGAUCACUGAAGUUGCACCGGCGAGAAGCGUUGCUCUCGUUCCACGUGAGAAAAUCCCAUGCAAGCUCGUGUCAAAAACUUCAAUCUCUCAUGACGUGAAACUUUUCCGAUUUGCAUUGCCGUCGGAAGAUCAACUUCUGGGAUUACCGGUUGGGAAACAUAUAUUCUUGUGCGCUACAAUCGAUAAUAAGCUCUGUAUGAGAGCCUACACGCCAACAAGUUCAGUAGAUGAACUAGGUCAUUUUGAUCUGGUGGUAAAAAUAUACUUCAAGGGUGUGAACCCUAAAUUUCCAGAUGGUGGGCUCAUGUCACAGUACUUAGACUCUCUCUCUCUAGGUUCUGUCCUGGAAGUGAAGGGUCCAUUAGGGCACAUUGAAUACGCAGGAAAGGGCAAAUUCACAGUCCAUGGAAAACCUAAGUUUGCUAAGAAGCUGGCCAUGGUGGCUGGUGGGACUGGUAUAACACCCAUUUAUCAGGUGAUUCAAGCUGUUUUGAAGGACCCGGAGGACGACACAGAGAUGUUUUUAGUUUAUGCAAAUCGUACGGAAGAUGAUAUACUGCUUAGAGAUGAACUUGAUGCUUGGGCUGAGAAAUAUCAUGAUAGAUUGAAGGUGUGGUAUGUGGUCUCAAAGUCGACAAAGGAAGGGUGGAAAUAUAGUGUAGGGCGUAUCUCUGAGAGCAUUUUGAGGAAGAACAUUCCAGAUGCAUCGAAAGACUGUUUGGCAUUGGCGUGUGGACCACCACCAAUGAUUCAGUUUGCUUUGAAUCCGAACUUGGAGAAGAUGGGGUAUGAUCUAAAGGAUUCUUUGUUGGUGUUUUGAAUGAGCAAGAAGAAGAAUAAUAGUAGAGAGGGAGUAGAGCUCCAUAAAUGUCAUCCUUGUAUGUAUUUUUCAUACCUUUUAGCAAUUAUUAUUGCUUAGAUUUUCACAAUUUUUUGCUGUUUUUUUUGACCCAGACUCUAAGGAGAGAACAAUACUAAGUGGAUUUAAAAUUCAGC